AUGUCACCCAAAGAACUCACCCUCCCGGAGCCCUUCGCCUCAAUCCCACGUACUCCGCUCCUCCUCGGCCCCUCCCCAAUCCACACCCUCCCCCGCAUAACCGCCGAUCUCGCCAAAACCAGCUCCCCCCAACAUGAACUCAAAAACCCCAAUAAGCCCAAAGUAACAAUCUACGCAAAACGCGACGACCUAAACUCUGCCUUCGCCUAUGGCGGAAACAAGACCCGAAAACUAGAAUACCUACUCGCCGACGCCCUCAACCAAGGCAGCACAACCCUAGUCUCAAUCGGAGGCGUGCAGAGCAACCACACCCGCCAAGUCGCAGCCGUCGCAGCAAGAAGCGGCUUAAAGUCUCGUCUUGUACAGGAACACUGGGUUGACUGGGAAGAUAAAGGGUACGAGAAUGUAGGCAAUAUUCAACUAAGCCGACUUAUGGGUGCGGAUGUACGACUUGAUCCGUCUGGGUUUGGGAUAGAACAUAAAGAUACGCUGGCAAAGGUGUAUGAGGAAUGUAAAAGCUUGGGUGAGAAGCCGUACUAUAUUCCGGCGGGAGCAUCAGAUCAUCCACUUGGUGGUCUUGGAUUUGCACGAUGGGCAUUUGAAGUUCGGGAACAGGAACAGGAAGAAGGAGUUUUUUUUAAUACGGUGCUUGUUUGCGCGGUAACGGGAUCUACGUUUGCGGGGAUGAUUGCAGGAUUUAAGCUAUUGGAGAAGAUGUAUCCUGAUGAUCCUAAGCGAAAGGUCAUUGGGAUUGAUGGGUCUGCUACUGUUGAGAAGACGCGUGAGCAGGUGUUGAGGAUUGCAAGGAAUACUGCGCUGAAGAUUGGGUUGAGUGAGGAGGAUAUUAGGGAUGAGGAUGUUAUUUUGGAUGAUCGGUAUCAUGCGGGGAUUUAUGGGAUUCCGGAUAAGCAGACUUGGGAUGCUAUUGAGUAUGCGGCGAGGAUGGAGGCGUUUAUUACUGAUCCUGUUUAUGAGGGGAAGAGUUUUGCAGGGAUGAUUGAUAUGAUUCGGAAGGGGGAGAUUGAGGAUGGGAAUAUUUUGUAUGCGCAUUUGGGUGGGCAGUUGGCUUUGAAUGCGUAUUCUGAGCUUGGGGCUACUAAGGAGUGA